CGAGGAUAUCAUGGGCUUAUGGGCUUAUGGCACUCACACAAAUGAUAUAUGAUUAGAUUAAAUUUCCUUUUCUUCGGUAUCUUUGAAAAGAAAAAAUGAACUGGUGGUUAGCUAAAGCAACUGGCACUGGCAAAAUUACAGAAUUCAAGGAAUCACCACGAAGCUUCCAAAAUGUAGCAUUAAUUAUAGGCGUGACGGGAAUUGUGGGAAAUAGCCUAGCAGAGAUUUUACCUCUCGACGACACACCAGGUGGUCCAUGGAAGGUUUAUGGCGUGGCUCGCCGUCCACAACCAACGUGGAACACUGAUAAUUAUGUUGACUACAUUCAAUGCGAUGUCUCUGAUCAAAAAGACGUUGAAUUGAAGCUCUCUCCCUUAACUGAUGUGACACAUAUUUUCUAUGUCUCGUGGACCAGCAUGCCCACAGAGGCUCAAAACUGCAAAGUUAACGGUUCAAUGUUAAGGAACGUCCUUCGAGCCCUCAUCCCAAAUACUCUGAAUCUUUGUCAUGUGUCCCUUCAAACGGGAAUCAAGCACUACUUUGGAUCCUUUGAAAUAGUCGGUAAGAUCAAGCCCCAUGAGUCCCCUUUCACGGAGGAUGUGCCACGCCUUGUCACACCCAAUUUCUAUCACACACAAGAGGAUAUCUUGCUAGAAGAGGUGGGUAAGAAAAAAGGAAUGACAUGGUUCAUUAAUCGACCACAAGUUAUCUUUGGAUUUUCACCUUACAGCAUGAUGAACCUCAUUGGCACGCUUUGUGUUUACGCUGCAAUUUGCAAGCAUGAGGGUCUUCCAUUAAGGUUUCCUGGCUCAAAAGGUGCAUGGGAAUGUUAUUCAACAGCUUCAGAUGCUAAUUUAAUAUCCGAACAACAUAUUUGGGGUGCAGUGGAUCCUAAUGCAAAGAAUGAAGCAUUCAACUGCAGCAAUGGCGAUGUUUUCAGGUGGAAACAUUUGUGGAAGGUGUUAGCAGAACGGUUUGAGAUCGAUGAUUAUGGAUUUGAGGAGGGGUCGGAGUUGAGGUUAUCGGAUUUGAUGAAGGAUAAGGGUGGUGUGUGGGAAGAGAUUGUGAGGGAGAAUGAAUUGUUGUACACCAAGCUUGAAGAAGUUGGAGAUUGGUGGUUUGCAGAUUUUAUGUUUAGAGUGGAGGGUGUGUUGGAUAGUAUGAACAAGUCUAAGGAACAUGGAUUCUUGGGAUUUAGGAAUUCUAAGAAUGUGUUCAUUAGUUGGAUUGACAAAACUAAAGUGUACAAGAUUGUGCCAUGAUGAUCUGAGCUCUGGAUUGUUUGAAAUAAAGUUCCCCUGGUGGGGUGGGAAGAACAAUUUUUUACUUUUCUAUGUUUUAUGGUUUUUUGCUGUUUCUGUAAUAAUGUUCACUUGUUUUUUUUUUUUUUAAAGAAUAAUGUUCACUUGUUGGUAAUUUUCUAACUUUCACUAUUUCUUAAUUCUCUUAA